AUGGCUUUCAUCAAGACUCUGGGCACAUCUCUGAACGGUACCAUCCCUCAGAAAUACGGCAUCGUCAUGUUCCGCGCCUUUGAUACCACAGAUAUCACCGCACCGCUGGAAGUCCUGAAUUUCAUAGGCCUUCUGUAUAACACUGAAGUUGCUUUGAUAUCGGAGACGCUGGACCCCGUCUCAACCCAACCUCUGACAAUGAACCCAAAGAAUUCGUCUGUGUGGACCUCUUUCACCCCCACACAUACCUUUGAGACGGCCCCUGAAGUAGAUGUCCUGAUCGUGCCUGGUGGUCCUGGUGCACGGAAUCCGAACAUGACAGCCGUGUGGAACUACAUCGCAAAAGCGGCACCCAAGACUAAACACGUCCUCAACAUCUGCACAGGGUCUGGUGUUUCGGCGAAGGCUGGUAUCAUGAACGGGAGAAAGGCGACGACAAACAAGGCAGCAUGGACGACGAUCACCGCCUAUGGUCCGAACACGACCUGGGUGCCGAAGGCUCGUUGGGUAGAGGACUACUCGGCUGAGCCUCCGAUCUGGAGUUCGUCUGGCGUAACAUCUGGAUUCGAUAUGUUGCUUCAGUUUGUGGAGAAGAUCUACAGUCUGCAGAAUGCAACGUACAUCUCGAACCUCAUCGAGCAUGUCAGGAUCACCGACCCGAACAACGACCCUUUCGCUGUCAACAUCAAUGGAACAGCUGCCUGA